AUGGCGGUUCAAUUAAAGAGUAGUCGUAGCAAGUUUAAAAUAACUGCGACUGCAGGUGCAGUUAUAGUCGGUAGCUAUAUUGUUUUGAAGACUUUCCCACAUCUAACAGAUUCAAUUUAUAAUUACUUAACUGGUAGUGGGGAAGUUGAAGAGGAUAAUGAACCUAUAGAAUUGGAGGAAGAAGCUGAAAAUCAACAAUCGAGAGCUGAGACAACAGUGGGAGAAUCAAAUAACGAAUCUCAAGUCGAAAUAUCCAAAUGGUCUGAUAAUAGUUUGAAACGUUGGUUGAAAGAUGUAAGUAUUUUAUUCAAAUAUUAUUGUAUAUUAAAAAGGUAAGGUGGAAAAUUUACUAACCAUUCAAGAAAGAAAUUAAUGCUCCACCGAAUGCUUCUCAUAGUAGUCUUGUUUCCCUUGUUAAGUCAAUUAAGGAAACUAAUUAA